UGCACCGACAUCAAGUAUGGGAAGCGUGUCCAUGUGCUUCCUAUCGACGACACUAUCGAGGGGCUCACAGGCAACCUGUUUGACACCUACCUGAAGCCCUACUUCCUUGAGGCCUACCGACCAGUUCGCAAGAAUGACACCUUCCUUGUGCGGGGAGGCAUGCGAAGCAUCGAAUUCAAGGUGGUGGAGACAGAUCCUGGCGAGUAUUGCAUCGUUGCUCCUGACACAGCAAUUUACUGUGAGGGCGACCCCAUCAAGCGGGAAGAUGAGGAGAAGCUUGAUGACGUUGGCUAUGACGACGUGGGAGGGCUUCGCAAGCAAAUGGCACAGAUUCGUGAGCUGGUCGAGCUGCCACUAAGGCACCCACAGCUGUUCAAGACCAUUGGUGUUAAACCACCAAAGGGCAUUCUGUUGUACGGACCCCCAGGUUCCGGGAAGACCCUCAUUGCUCGGGCCGUUGCAAACGAGACGGGUGCAUUCUUCUUCCUGAUAAAUGGGCCAGAAAUCAUGUCGAAGCUUGCCGGUGAGAGUGAGAGCAACCUCCGGAAGGCCUUCGAGGAGUCGGAGAAGAACGCACCCUCGAUUAUCUUCAUCGAUGAGAUUGACUCCAUCGCCCCAAAACGCGAGAAGACGCAUGGAGAGGUGGAAAGGCGUAUUGUGUCACAGCUGCUGACCCUCAUGGAUGGGCUCAAAUCCAGGGCCCACGUUGUGGUAAUAGGGGCCACGAACCGGCCCAACAGCAUCGACCCCGCCCUGCGGCGAUUCGGGCGAUUCGAUCGCGAGAUCGACAUUGGUGUCCCUGACGAGGUUGGUCGUCUGGAAGUGAUGCGCAUCCACACCAAGAACAUGAAACUGGACGAUGAGGUGGAUCUGGAGGCCGUGGCGUCUCAAACGCACGGCUACGUGGGGGCGGACCUGGCGGCCCUCUGCACAGAGGCUGCCCUGCAGUGCAUCCGCGAGAAGAUGGACGUGAUCGACUUGGAGGAUGACAGCAUCGACGCAGAGAUUCUCAACUCGAUGGCAGUAACACAGGAGCACUUCAAGACUGCACUCGGCAGCACUAACCCUUCAGCUCUGAGGGAGACCGUCGUGGAGGUGCCCAACAUCUCAUGGGAGGACAUCGGAGGACUGGAGGAUGUGAAGCGGGAGCUGCAGGAGAUCGUGCAGUACCCUGUGGAGCACCCAGAGAAGUUCGAGAAGUAUGGCAUGUCGCCAUCCAAGGGUGUGCUGUUCUAUGGCCCACCCGGAUGCGGGAAGACGCUGCUGGCAAAGGCCAUUGCCAAUGAGUGCCAGGCCAACUUCAUCAGCGUGAAAGGGCCAGAGAUGCUCACCAUGUGGUUCGGAGAGUCGGAGGCCAACGUACGUGAGAUCUUCGACAAGGCACGUCAGGCUGCACCAUGUGUCUUAUUCUUUGACGAGUUGGAUUCCAUAGCUGUGCAGCGGGGCAACUCUGCAGGGGAUGCCGGGGGCGCUGGUGACAGGGUGCUGAACCAGCUGCUCACAGAGAUGGAUGGCAUGACGUCCAAGAAGACAGUGUUCAUCAUAGGGGCGACCAACCGGCCAGAGAUCAUCGACCCUGCGCUCCUGCGCCCGGGCCGCCUGGACCAGCUCAUCUACAUCCCCCUGCCAGAUGCCGAGUCAAGGCGACAGAUCUUCAAGGCGGUGCUGCGCAAGUCGCCCGUGGCACCCGACGUGGACAUCGAGGCCCUUGUCAAGCACACCAACGACUUCAGCGGUGCGGACAUCACAGAGAUCUGCCAACGGGCCUGCAAGUAUGCCAUUCGCGAGAGCAUCGAGAAGGACAUAGAGCGCGAGCGGGCGAAGGCGAACGCCGGGGAGGGGGAUUCUAUGGAGGUGGAGGAGGUGGAUGACGUGCCCUUCAUCACCAGAGCCCACUUUGAGGAGGCGAUGAAGUUUGCCAGGCAGAGCGUCACGCAGACCCAAAAGCUGCAGUACGAGUCGUUCAAGGAGAGCAUGCGGCAAACACGGGGAUUUGGGGGAUUCCGGUUCACAGACAACCCUGUCCAGCCAGGGAACACGCAGCCCACCACGGACGGCGGCGCUUACGCGCAGGCAGACGACGACGACGCGGGUCUGUACGACUGA